AUGGAUCCCGCCUUGUACAAGGCCGCGACGCAGGGGUGCGUGCGGAGCCUGAGGCAGCUGGUGGUAAAGGACGUCAAGAUCCUCAACUCCAAGACUCCCCAGGGCAACACGGCGCUCCACGUCGCCGCCCUUUACGGCCACCCCAACUUCGCCCGCGAGGUCCUCAAAGUGAGCGAGGAGCUGCUCGUUGCCAAGAACGCCGACGGAGAUACCCCGCUGCACUUGGCGGCCCGGAAUGGCAAGGUGAAGGUGGCGGAGCUGAUCAUAAGCCGCGCCCAGGCGUGGCCGGCGGACCUCAACGCCGAUGACGCAGUGCUCAAGAGCCCCCUGAUCAUUGCGAACGGCAAUGGCAACACCCCGCUCCACGAGGCGGUGCUGCACCAGAACAACGCCGUGGCGCUGAAGCUGCUCGACGCCGACAGCAAGCGCGCCCACGACCUCAAUGACAAGAACGAGUCGCCACUGGACAUGGCCGCCCGCGAGGGCCUCGUCCAGGUCGUCCGCAAGAUAGUCAACGUCCCCUGGGUGCCGACGGACUUCAUCCAAUCCGUCGGCGGCACGGCUCUGCACCAGGCCGUGCUCGGCGGCCACACCCGGGUCGUGGAGAUCCUGCUAGACAAACACCCGGAGCUGCUGGACCUAACAGACCCCGACAGCAACAACGCUCUGCACUACGCGGCGCAGAAGGACCGGAAGCGAGAGGUGGAGAUACUGCUCAAGAAGCGGACGGAGCUGGCCUACAAGCCAAACAGCCAGAAGCAGACUCCGCUGCACAUCGCGGCGCACCAGGGAUCCACAGAUGCCGUCAGGGCGCUGCUCCGGCACUGCUCCGACGUGGCCGAGAUGGUGGACUCCUACGGCCAGAACGCCUUCCACGCCUCCGUCACCAGCGGCAAGGCGAACGCGCUCAGGUGCCUGCUCCGCCAUGUCCGUCCAGCGGACCUGCUCAACCGCGUCGACGGAAACGGCAACACGCCUCUGCACAUAGCUGCCAAGAUGGGCCACGUCCACUCCGCGCUGCUGCUGCUCAAGGACCGCCGCGUCGACCCCUGCGUCCUCGACAAAGACAACCAGACGGCGCGGAGCCUCGUCGAGAAGAAGUUGCACACCGGCCUGAUGGACACCUACGAGAUGUACCUCUGGAAGCAGCUCAAGCGUCAGGAGUCCAUCAGAUGCCGAAAGCAGCAGUUGCCGCCCCUCACCUUCGGCGGUGAUAGCAGGACCUCCAGCCACAAGUACUUCGAGCGCAGCGUCGAGACCUACAUCCUCGUGGCCACCCUCAUCGCCACCGUCACCUUCGCCGCCACCUUCACCAUGCCCGGCGGCUACGACCAGACCAAGGGCAUCGCGCUUCACGGCCACAACACUGCCUUCAAGAUCUUCGUCAUCUCCAACACCGUCGCCAUGUGCAGCUCCAUCGUCGUCGUCUACUGCUUCAUCUGGGCCUGGAAAAAUCCCCUCAAGUUCAAGGUCGACAAGCUCUUGUGGGGCCACAGGCUCACUAUGAUUGCCGGUCUCGGCAUGCUCGUCUCGCUCAUGGCUGCUGUCUACAUUACCGUGGCACCCACGUCACGAUGGCCCGCUUAUGUAGUCAUAGCCAUCGGCAUGAGCACUCCGGUUGCUGUCGUCCUUAUGCUGGGCAAGGAGGUGAUGUUCGUGCCGCUCUAA